AUGGCUGCAAGCAGGGGACUUAGUUUAACAUUAUUGACUGCUUUCUUUCUAGGAGGAGGACUGAUGUCAUAUUUGUGGACUCCACACUAUACACAUACAACAUAUAUAUUAAGUGAUAAUAUUACACAAUCUAGUAUAGUAAUGGAGGACGUGAUGCAGAAACUCUUACAAUGUCAAGCCAACUUGACACAGUUAAAGCAAGAUUUCAAAUAUGUUCAAGAUAAUUUUGUUUAUUUAAAAAAUGAAGUCACAGAGGUAAAUAAUGGUAUAACUGGUUUCAUUGAAGGUGUGAAAGGAGAAUUGAAAGAGGAUCUCCUUCUGUUGAAAAGGGACAUACAGAUCUUGACUGGAACAAGACCAAUCUAUGACAAUACAUACAUAACAUAUUCUGAAACAGUCUUUGUUCUACUGGUGGGGUUGAUCCUAGAGGCAUUGCUACUUUUUCUGAUUGCAUAUAAGUUUUUUCCUUGGAGAAAUGUUUUUUAUGGUAGUCAAGGAAGCAAUUAUGAUAAUCCUCACGAUGAUCCUCACGAUACACACGAAAGCCUGUAUGCACAGGGUCCAGUUCAACAUCUGAUUAAGCCAAAAAGAAGGACUAUACUAGAUCAAAUUGACAUAACAAGAUAUAAGAUGGCGGAAUCUAUUUGUAUUCUUAGUUUCCAUGAAGAAACACAGGGUUUACAUCAUAGAAUAAUAACAUCAGUAUUUCAGGAGGAAGAAGUUGAAAUAAAACCAUUCCUACUUGAAAAAACUGAUCCAGAUGUAUUGAAUAUACCAAGAUGUCAGUUCAUCUUUGUAUUUGUUGAUUUUAAUGAGACAAAUGUUAUUCUUGAGAACCAAGGUGAUAAAAGAUUAGUUACUGUCCAGGCAUGUAUGAAAAUGGGAGUAUUACCAGGGGGAUAUUUCAACUGA